AUGUCUUCAGAGUCAUCGGGGAAAAGUCCAGGUGAUGGACGUAGCCACCAAGCCGACAGAGCGUGCAAGGAAUGCCACCGGAGGAAAGCCAAGUGCAACCGGGUGACGCCAUGUUGUUUACUCUGCAAGAAAUUUCGUCGCUCAUGUGUCUAUGAGAAACAAACACGAACGCCGCUCACUCGCCGUUACUUGUCCCAGGUCGAAAGUGAGUUAGCACGCACCAAGGCACUACUUUUGCAAUUCACGCACAAGGAAGCGAAGAACAAUGAUGGAGAAUUCAAUGAGCCCCUAUCGGAAGGCAUUGAAGAUGGCAGAGAAGACUUUCAACAACACACGCCGAGUCGAAUCAUUGAGAGGUAUCCCUCUUUGCGAGCCUCUUCACCCCAAGAGUCUGUACGGACAUUGACACGCGAGACGGACCCCCGUGGUACGUCCGGGUUGUCUCUCGAAACUCCGCCAUCUUCCAAUAGCUUUGAAUGGGACGAGCGGACCGGAAAGCCCAAUGGAGACAGGUUUGUGGAUGGAAUGGCUAGCUUGACUAGUGACGCGAACGAGGGGGGCUACUUAGGGGUGGCAUCUGGCGCUGCGCUACUACGAAUGACAGAUACCACGUCGACCAACACGGUCUAUUCCUCUAGCUCGGAUAAAUACAUUCGUGCUGAUCACCUAGCUCCAAGUAUUCCCUAUGCUGUGACAUCCCUGGGCCAGCUGGAGCCCUUUGUGGAAGCAUACUUUUCUCUUUACCAUCGAUCGUACCCAAUCAUACAUGAAGCCACUUUCCGAGCUCAGUUCAUGGAGGUAAUUCCUCGCCCAAGUGGUAAUACAUGGCAGGUACUCCUCUUUGUCAUAGCCGCAGUGGGUGCCUUCACAACCUCCACGCAACCCUCCGAUGUCGAUCUAGGUCUGUUCGAGGCAGCCAAAGCACGAAUGUCGAUUGAUAUGCUUGAGACUGGCAAUCUUCUCCUUGUCCAAGCUUUGGUUUUGAGCUCGAACCACAUGCAGAAAAGGAAUAAGCCUAAUUCGGGAUACAACUACAUGGGACUAGCGAGGCGCAUAGCAAUGGGAAUUGGUCUUCACAAAGAAUUUCCCACGUGGGAGACUAGUCUUUUGGAAACGGAAAUGAGACGAAGGAUCUGGUAUUGUCUCUAUAUCUUUGAUGUGGGCGCUAUUAUCACAUUCUCCCGACCAAUGGAUUAUCCCCAGGAAGGCAUCGAGGUCGAGAUUCCUUUGAAUGUUCAUGACAGCGAUAUCACGGCGGGCACGAAGCAUGUGCCCAAGUCGGUCAAUGAAACUACUGUUUACACCCAUCUCCGAGCCCAGGCAACAUUCCACAUGGCCACCAGUCCCAUUUACUCUAAAAUCAUCUCGUCGCCAUUCCCAUCUGCAGCAGAGCUUAUCGACCUCGAUGACAGGCUAAUUGGACAUUGGAUGACCAAUCUACCUUCUUAUUUCCAGGAGCAUAUAAUUCAGGCGCCAAAAUUUCUACUUUGCCACUCAAUAAUGCGAUGGCGAUAUAGAAACUUCCGUAUCCUCAUGUACCGACCAUUACUAGUUGGCCGGCUGAUGGCACGCCCCGGGGGAGGCCUGACAAGCGAAGAAAACGUCACAGAAGGCGACAUCGCAAUUCAGCGGUGCUUGGAUGCGUCCCGCGAAUCGGUGGAGCUGAUUGCCAAUUUCUGGGAACAGGAACAACAGAGCAUGAUGGCCUGCUGGUACGGACUGUACUUUCUAUUCCAGGCAAUACUCAUCCCGGUCAUUUGCCUGCGCAAUAACCCACAGCAUAUACUGGCAGAAGACUGGCGUAGGCAAAUUUUGCAGGCCAUGCCGGUUUUGGAGUCGAUGGCCUUCCUGAACCCUACGUCUUCGCGUUGUCUUGGAGUGAUUCGGUCUCUGUGCGGGUCUUAUCUUGAUUCUUCCAUAGUUGGAUGGGAAGCGACCGAAGAAUCACCGCAGACACAACUUGCGAACCUAUAUCCAUUGAUGUGGCCAACGUUGGAUACAGUCCAGCCGGAUGGGAUAGAUUCAAUUCUGUGA